CACAAAUAGCUACUGUGCCUGCCUGAGUAGGAGUUGCUUGCCUGCCAGCCAGCGGAGUAGUGCGAUCCAUUCCUGCAUAACCUCACUGAUCUCUCUGGCUACUGAGCACAGCCCACCGCCCGGCAUCCCUGCUGCGAGCAUCUAACAGAUACUUCACAGAAUACUCUGUGGCUUCUAAUGAUGGAAGGUGAAAGGUGAAUUAAAACUAAAUGUCUGGCAAGUCUUGUCAAGGAAGAGAUUACUUUGCAGCUUGCAGCCGCAAGAAGGAGCUUUAGAUAAAUGAUUUGUCUUCAGCUGAGUUUGCUGAUUGCCUGGUAAUAGUGAUCUCAGUACUAGGAGACAGCACAGCACUGGCAAGGAUUUAGGAAUGACAUGUAAACAAACGUCAUGGCAAGAGACCACUCUGUGUUCCACAUUGUAAUGAAGCAUGACAAAUAGGAAAUGUGCGCUAGGAAGAGAAGUGAUUCCUGGGGGAGAUAUUGAAGGAACUGAAAAGAGAGCUCUUUCCCAAACUCCUGCAGAGAAGCAGAGUCGUUACCAGGGAGCGCUGCAAGGAGCCAGAGCAGCAUGGCACAUCUCCUGCUUAUAGCAUCGCUCAUCUCCGGACUUCAUGUCUUUACCUCUUUGGCAAUAGACACAAGGCAACCAAGACUGCGACUUUCCUAUAAAGUACUGCGGGAUUUAAACAGAACGUCAGUCUUCCAGAGUUCACAUGGAACUCUUGAACUAUGUACCAUGUAUUUGGAUGAGUAUCAAGAAAGAUUAUUUGUCGGCGGCAGAAAUCAUGUGUAUUCGCUUAGCUUGGAACACGUCAGUGAGAAAUACAAAGAGAUAAAUUGGCCCAGUACAGACCAACAGAUUGAUGACUGCUACAGAAAGGGGAGACAAGCGAGAGAAUGUGCAAAUUUUGUCCGCGUACUUCACCAUUAUAAUCGGACUCACCUUUUGGCUUGUGGAACUGGAGCAUUUGAUCCACUUUGCAUUUUUAUAAGAGUUGGACUCCGAUCACAGGAACAUAUAUUCCUACAAGAACACCAGAGAGUUGAGAGAGGACGCGGGAGAUGUACUUUUGACCCAGACUCUUCACUAACUUCAACAUUAACAGGUGGUGAGUUAUUUGUUGGCCUCUACAAUGAUUUCUGGGGAAGGGAUGCUACCUUAUUUAGAAGCAUGGGACAUCUGCCACAUAUCCGAACAGAGCAUGAUGAUGAUCGCAUUUUAAAAGAACCAAAGUUUGUAGGCUCCUAUAUGAUUCCAGACAAUGAAGACAAAGAUGACAAUAAAAUCUACUUCUUUUACACUGAAAAAGCAAUAGAAGGAGAUGGAGUGCAAGCAAUUUAUUCCAGGGUGGGAAGAGUCUGUGCAAAUGACAUUGGAGGGCAAAGAAUGAUGGUGAACAAAUGGACUACAUUUCUCAAAUCUAGACUGAUUUGUUCAGUUCCUGGACCACAUGGAAUUGACACACAUUUUGAUGACCUUGAAGAUAUUUUCUUGCUGCAGACCAAAGAUGGCAAGAACCCAGAGUUAUUUGCACUAUUCAGUACCACAAGCAACAUUUUUAAAGGGUAUGCCGUUUGUGUUUAUCAUAUGGCUAACAUACGUGAAGCCUUUAAUGGCCCCUAUGCACACAAGGAAGGACCAGAAUACCAUUGGUCAAUGUAUGAGGGCAAAGUACCAUACCCAAGGCCGGGUUCAUGUGCAAGCAAGGUAAAUGGAGGUCAUUAUGGAACGACCAAGGAUUAUCCAGAUGAGACUUUACGCUUUGCUAGGAGUCAUCCUCUGAUGUAUGAGUCUAUUAAACCUGUACAUAAAAGGCCAAUCCAUGUGAAGGUUGAUGGAAAAUAUAACUUAAAACAAAUUGCUGUAGAUAAAGUCGAGGCAGAAGAUGGACAAUACCAUGUAAUGUUUCUAGGAACAGACAGUGGGAUUGUACUAAAAGUUAUUACUAUUUACAAUCAAGAAACUGAUACAAUGGAGGAAGUUAUUCUUGAAGAGCUACAGGUGUUUAAGAAUUCUGAACCUGUUGUUGCAAUGGAAAUUUCAGCAAAAAGACAGCAACUGUACAUUGGGUCUAAAUCUAGUGUUGCUCAAGUAAAGCUUCACCACUGUGAGAUGUAUGGUACAGCUUGUGCUGACUGCUGCCUUGCCCGUGAUCCCUAUUGUGCAUGGGAUGGGAUGUCCUGCUCUAGGUAUUUCCCCUAUGGAACACACUCCAAAAGACGUUUUAGAAGGCAGGAUGUUCGCCAUGGCAAUGCAGCUCAGCAGUGUUCAGGGCAACAUAUUAAUGGUGAAAACCUGGGAAAGACUGAGGAAUACACACUGUAUGGUGUUGAGCACAACACUACUUUAUUGGAAUGUAUGCCCCGCUCUUUGCAGUCUAAAGUCAUUUGGUUUGUGCAGAGAAUACAUGAAGCAAAGAAAGAGGAGGUGAAAACAAGCGAAAGAGUUAUAAUGACAGAUUUUGGACUUCUGUUUCUAAAGCUACAUAGAACAGAUGCUGGGAUGUAUUUUUGUCAAACUGUUGAGCAUACUUACGUUCAUACAGUGAGAAAAAUUACUCUGGAAAUUGUAGAAGAAGAGCGUGUGGAUGACAUAUUUAACAAAGAGGAAGAAGAAGAAACAGUUGUUCAAAAAAUGCCCUGUCCUGCGCAAUCCAGUAUCCUACAGUCCUCUAAACCAUGGUACAAAGAUUUUUUGCAGCUCAUUGGAUAUAGUAAUUUUCAAAAAGUUGAGGAAUAUUGUGAAAAAGUAUGGUGUACAGAUAAAAGGAGAAAAAAGUUGAAAAUGCCUCCAAAUAAAUGGAAAUAUCUUAAUCCACAAGAACGAAAGUCACGUGGAAAAUCAGACCAUCAUCGCAUGCCGAGACACAUAUCAGAACCAUAAGUCUUCUGUUAUUUUAUGCAUAGUUUAUGACUGUAAACAUAACAAUUUACACAAAUGAAGAAGAAAACAAAUACAAUAUAUAUAUAGAAAACAGUUUCCUACAGUAUAUCAAAAGCUUCAAUAAAAACAACAUACCAACUGAGUUACUAUUAUGUAAAUAUUUUAUUACUAUUUGGGAUUUAUAAUGUAACUACAUCCAUAAUUUUAAUAUGGAUGUAUUGCAUUUGUUAGUUUGUGUGUUAUAUAUUAUCACCAUUUAUCUUUCUAUUUGUGAAUGUUUAGAAUACAUAUACUGUAUUAAGCAAUACACUGACAAUGGCAUACAAAUUGCAUUCUAUGUUAAAAUGUUCUACUUUUUCAAAAGGAUGAGGGAUGGAAUAACUGUGUAAAAGGACGGCACAUUUGCCUUAAUUGAUAUGGUUAUUUAUCCCAUAAUUAAAUAUUUUUAAAGCAAGUGAUGUCAUGCAAAUUAUUAUGAUCUGUUUCUGAGUAAUAUUUGAACAAACAGAAGGAUUAGUCAGGCAUAAUGGACACAAACAUAUGAUUAAAAUGUGAUAAUUGUACUGAUAUUGUUAUAAAUAUGUGAUUUCUAUGUAACUUAUUUUUUUCAUACAACAAAUGGAAAAAUGUACUUUCAUAUAUUGUAAAAUAAGUUUUUCAGCCAUGCAUUUGUUCUAUUGAUAUUUUACUGGAAGUCUUUUCUUUCACAAAAUAUAUGUACAAAAUGUAUUUCUUAGCUGAAGUUCUAACCAUUUUCUUAAA